UCCAGUAGCGGGCGGCGGGAGGAGCAUUGAGCGCAUGCGUCCCGUGGCAGCUUAGAAAAGGGGUGGCUGGAGGGCCGACCCGGAGACAUGGAGCAGGGCUACGGAGGCUAUGGGGCAUGGAGUACUGGACCCGCCAACACCCAGGGUGCAUAUGGAACUGGUGUGGCCAGCUGGCAAGGUUAUGAAAACUACAAUUAUUACGGUGCCCAGAAUACCAGCGUCACCACAGGAGCAACCUACAGCUACGGCCCAGCCUCGUGGGAGACCACCAAGGCUAGCGAUGGCCUGGUGGCUGGGGGCCCUGCUGUGCAUAUGGCUUCUUAUGGCCCAGACCCAUGCACCGACAAUUCCGACUCACUCAUUGCCAAGAUCAACCAGCGUUUGGACAUGAUGUCCAAGGAAGGAGGCAGGGGCGGGAGCAGCGGCGGUGGGGAGGGCAUACAGGACCGGGAGAGCUCCUUCCGCUUCCAUUCGUUUGAUUCUUAUGACUCCAGGCCUUGCUUGCCUGAGCACAAUCCCUACCGCCCCAGCUACAGCUAUGACUAUGACUUUGACUUGGGGCCUGACCGCAACGGUGGUUUUGGCAGUCAGUACAGCGACUGCCGGGACACCACCCGUGAACGGAGCUCCCUUGAUGGCUUCAUGCGGGGCCGGGGCCAGAGCCGCUUCCAGGACCGGAGCAACCCCAAUACCUUCAUGCGAAGUGACCCCUUCUUGCCACCUACCGCCUCCUCUGAGCCCUUGUCUGCUCCCUGGAAUGAGCUGAACUACACUGGUGGGCGGGGCCUGGGAGGCCCCUCCCCUAGCAGGCCCCCGCCUUCCCUCUUCUCCCAGUCUAUGGCCCCCAACUACAGCGUGAUGGGCAUGCAGGGGGCGGCAGGCAGUUAUGACAACUCUAUGCCCUAUGGAUGUGGCCAGUCACAGACCUGGAUAAGGGAUCGGCCCAGGCGGAGAGGGUUUGACCGCUGCGGCCCGGAAGGCAUGGGCAGGAAACGGAAGCAGUUGCAAAUCUAUGAGGAGCCAGAUGCCAAACAGGCCCGGGCUGACAGUGAAGGAGAUUUUUCUGAAAACGAUGAUGGAGCUGGUGACUUCCGGUCGGGAGACGAAGAAUUCAGGGGUGAGGACGAAUUCUUCGACUCCGGGAGGCAGAGAGGAGAGAAGGAUGAUGAGGAUGAUGAAGUGAAGAAGAGAAGGGAAAAGCAGAGGAGAAGAGACAGAAUGCGAGACCGAGCAGCUGACAGGAUUCAGUUUGCCUGUUCCGUAUGCAAGUUUCGUAGCUUUGAAGAUGAAGAAAUCCAGAAGCAUCUGCAAAGCAAAUUUCACAAAGAGACAUUGCGGUUUAUAAGUACCAAACUACCUGAUAAGACGGUGGAGUUCCUCCAGGAAUACAUUGUAAACAGGAAUAAGAAGAUUGAGAAGCGGCGCCAGGAACUCCUGGAGAAGGAAAGCACAAAACCAAAACCAGAUCCUUUCAAAGGAAUUGGCCACGAGCACUUCUUCAAGAAGAUCGAGGCUGCUCACUGCCUGGCUUGCGACAUGCUGAUUCCCGCGCAGCACCAGCUCCUCCAGCGGCAUCUGCACUCUGUGGACCACAAUCACAACCGCCGGCUGGCCGCUGAACAGUUCAAGAAAACAAGUCUCCACGUGGCUAAGAGUGUUUUGAACAACAGACAUAUAGUGAAGAUGCUGGAAAAAUACCUCAAGGGGGAAGACCCUUUCACCAAUGAAGCUGUUGAUCCAGAAAUCGAAGGAGAUGACAAUUUAGGAGGUGAGGAUAAAGAAGAGACACCUGAGGAGGUGGCUGCAGAAGUCUUAGCAGAGGUGAUUACAGCAACAGUGAGGGCAGUAGAGGGGGAAGGAGUGCCUGCUCCAGGAAGUAGUGAAAUGCUGGCUGAAGGGGAAGGCCCCGUAGACACGGCAGAGGCCAUUAGUGGUCCCCAUCCUGAACAACUGCUGGAGGCAGAGACAGCCUGUGGAAUGGCAUCUGAGAAGGGGAAUGAUGAAGCAGAGGCCGGACAUGAGGCUGCCCAGACUGGAGGUGAAGCUGCCCAGACUGGAGGUGAAGCUGCCGAGGCUGGUGGUAAAGAUGCCAGGGCUGGUGGUGAAGCUGCCCAGGCUGGAGGUGAAGCUGCCGAGGCUGGUGGUAAAGAUGCCAGAGCUGGUGGUGAAGCUGCCGAGGCUGGUGCUGAAGCUGCCCAGACUGGAGGUGAAGCUGCCCAGACUGGAGGUGAAGCUGCCGAGGCUGGUGGUGAAGCUGCCGAGGCUGAUGGUGAAGCUGCCGAGGCUGGAGUUGAGGCUGCCCAGGCUGGAGUUGAGGCUGCCCAGGCUGGAGUUGAGGCUGCCCAGGCUGGAGGUGAGGCUGCCCAGGCUGGAGGUGAGGCUGCCCAGGCUGGAGGUGAGGCUGCCCAGGCUGGAAGUGAAGCUCCCCAAGCUGGAGGUGCAGCAGAGGCAGAAAGCGUCAUAACAGUCACUCCUCCUGCUCCAGCUGCCACGGAAGCCGAAGUGAAACAAAACGAUGCAGAAUCCAAAGAUGUUAUUCUCACAGAAUGAUCCUCUCCUUGUUUCAGGGGAUGUGUUAUAUGAAUCAAUGCUCUUUUUCCUUUGGUUUAUAAACAGUACUAGGGUAUGUGUUAACUGGAAUAUGCUGAAAACUUAUUUUGGUGAAGAGACCCAGCCAUUUCCUUCAGAAAAGUGUACCUCACAGGCUUGUCUUACAGAGCUGUGUGGCUUUCUGCCUACGUUUGAAGGCUGCAGAAGUUGUACAUUCCCCCAAGCAGCUGUGACCUCUCUACACUGCAGUUGGAAUAAUAAAAGUUGGGUAAUUAGAUUUCGAUGAUACUUUGCUUGUUAAAUACAGCCACUGGCGGAAUGCCUUUUAGAUUAUUAUUUUGUUUGGGAGCAGCUCAUUACUAGGAUAUAUCUUGCUUUAUAAAGAUUUAAGUUUCAAGAAUUUGCUUUGGCAUCAGUUUUUGACCUCUGCUUUUGUAGCCCACUGACUGGUGUGUGAUCUCACAAGAUGUAUCAGAAUCUUGUUAACGUGAUGUUCUGUCAUGUCAGUGAACUCAGAGGCCUGAUGAAUCUGACACACCUGCACCACUGGAAGCAUACCCACUUGCCCCACAAGAUGACACUUUGCCCAGGACACUGGUUCCCAAUCUUUAGUCCUUGGUGAACCUCCUUCACAGUGUUUUACCUCAUUUGUGUUCCACCUCUGCAUUACUUCAGGGUUUUUUUUCCUUUAAAGUGAGUUACUGCCUCUUAAAUAUAUUUUAAAAGAAAACUUGGUGUGACUCCCAUGAAUGGAAAACCCAUAUAAAUUGCCAUAGAUAAGAUGCUAUCUGUACAAAAAUGAAUAUAAUGAACCUCCUUUGGAGGGAUCCGAAUCUGUGAGAAAGUAAAGCUAGCUUGUGGUAGUGUAGCAAGCACCAGUUAUAUGUUCAUAUAAUCAAAAGAAUUGGAAGGUAACUCCCUUUUGAAAUGAUAUCGAUGGGUCUGUUUCCCUGUAAACUUUUGAACUGUCACAUUUGGGGAAGCACUGGCCAGUGGGAAAAUAUUUAAAAAGAGAUAGUAAAAAUACUUGAUGAGCAUCCACUGUGUACCAGGUGCUAAUUCAUGAUAAAAAUAUGGGCACUGUUCUCAAGGAGUUUAUUGGAGAUGUGAAUAUUUAUGAAAAAGUCAAUACUAGAACUAAAAAAUAAACUAAGCAAGAAAAUGGUG